AUGUCAAACGUACAGACAAUGUUCCAGAAGCACUGCAUAGUGCCAGAUAUUAUUACAACACCCCCGUCUGAGUUGUUGAAUAUUCAGUAUUCUAACGGCAUAAAUGUUGAUUUGGGAAAAGAGUUGACUCCAACUCAAGUAAAAGACGCUCCGACUGUCAAGUGGGCUAGUAAGGAAAAUGAAUAUUAUACACUUGCAAUGGUGGAUCCGGACGCGCCGAGUCGGGAGAAUCCAAAGUUCCGAGAAUGGCAUCACUGGUUAGUCGGGAAUAUCUCCGGUGGAAAUAUUGGUAAAAGUGAAAUUUUAUCGGAAUAUAUUGGAUCGGGGCCACCGAAAGGAACCGGCCUUCAUAGGUACAUAUUUUUAAUUUACAAGCAACCAGAAAAAUGUGAUUUUUCGAAAGUUCCAAAAUUACCAAACAAUUCCGGUGAAAAGAGAGGAAAGUUUUCUAUCUCUCAAUUUGCUCAGCAGUAUAAACUUGGGAUUCCAGUUGCGGGAAAUUUCUUCGUUGCUCAGUACGAUUCUUAUGUUCCAAAAUUGUACGCGAAGUUAAAGGGAUAG